UUUGUUUAUUUCCUAACACAGAAUUGAAUCAUUAGCUUGGAAAUGUGUGCAAUGACAGAAUGCAUGUUGAUGUUGGCAGCCAGUAGUUGGAUGUGCUUGGCGCGACGGUGUUACAGCUUCACUCUGAUGUUAAUUGUGUGGCCUGAGUGUGAAGUAUGAGCUUGUCCGGCAUAUGAGGACUCGUGCAUCACCGCCAUGCUCAGAUGUGAGCAUGGCAGGCGUGUGUGCGAGGCCGCCAAACGCAAAGUAGGUCCAAGUGUCUCUUUGCAAGGCUGACAGCCAGAGCGAGAGAGAGAGAAAGAGAGUGAGGGAGAGAGAGAGAGGGGGAGCGAGUGGAGCAAUGGCACCGAGGAGGAUGGAAACCAAACCGCUCAUCUUAUGUGUGAAGAUUCUACUACUCUUCUACUCUUUCAUCUUCUGGGUGACAGGUGUGGUCCUGCUCGCAGUGGGUUUGUGGUGGAAGUUCAUGCUGAGUCCUUACACGCUGUUGAUCUCCAGUGCACCGUCCAACGCUCCCUUUGUUCUGACCGGCACCGGCGUUGCCAUUGUGCUGUUCGGCCUGUUUGGAUGCUUCGCCACGUGCAGGGGGCAUCCUUGGAUGCUCAAACUGUACGCCAUCUUUCUGGCUUUGGUCUUCCUAAUCGAGCUCAUCGCUGGAAUCUCAGGCUUCAUCUUCCGCCACGAGAUCAAAGGCACAUUCCUCACCACAUACAGCGAGGCUCUGCUGAGAUACGAUGGACGAAGCGACAGAAGUGUGGCUGUGGAUGACGUUCAACGCAAAUUGCAAUGCUGCGGUGUUCAUAACUAUACUACCUGGUUCGCCAGCGACUACUUCCCAACCGGGGGAAUCCCUGUCAGCUGCUGUGUUACUUUCUCUGACUGCAAAGAAACAGACUUGAAGAACGCCACUUUGGCAGCUCGCAAAGUCCACAAGCAGGGUUGUUACCUGCUGGUGACGUCCUUCAUCGAGAGCAACAUGGGAAUUAUCGCUGGGGUCACUUUUGGGAUCGCCUUCUCUCAGCUCAUCGGCAUGUCGUUGGCCUGCUGUCUGUCUCACUUCAUCAACACCAACCAAUACGAGAUGGUCUGAAGAAGUAACAAUGGAAACCUGUGGAAUCACUUGCUACGUUGUGUAAAAUACAGACGAGGUCACUCUUUGCCUGAUUGAUUGAUUGAUUGAUUGAUUGAUUGAUUGAUUGAUUGAUUGGUUGGUUGGUUGGUUGGUUGGUUGAUUGAUUGAAACCUUUAUUGUCCCCUCUGGGGAAAAUUUGUUGUCAAACAGCUCAUGACAUUUAAAAAAGAGGAAGACAAACAGUCUGGUUCUUUCCUAACAAGAUGAUUGUUGACUACUUGGCGAAGGCCAAGGAGUUCACCUUACAUUUGAACUAUGGAACAACAAAUGCUAUAACAGUGUCUCGAGUGUUAAUCUGAAAGCCCAUAAUGUAUGAUAUUGUAGAUGUCAUGAACUGUGCUAUUGUAGACAAUAGAAUUACAGAAAUGUUAACUGAUUCACUUAUGUCAAUUUGUAAGUCAUUCCCAUUUUGGUAUCUGAUCAACAUAAAGUCAUUCUUUUGUUUUGUUUGACUGUGAGUUACAGUAAGAUCUCCUAAAAUGACCCUGAGCCCAAUGCAGCAAACUUUGUCUUGCCUAACAUGGGCCUAUUUGCAAACUCUGCUGUCAUACACAAUAAGGACCAAUAAAGUUUAGGGACUAGUUUCAAGAAUGGAAAU